UUAGUGGUGUACAAUUGAAACGUGUUCAUUUUAAGAAUGUAUGUGCUACUCUGAUAUACUCGAUACACUCUUCUAUUUUUGUUUAUAAAAUUUAUAGUAUUGAAAUAAUUGAAUUCAUUGUGUUACAAUAACAUUUGUUAAUUGAUUUAUUUCAUACUUUUAUGUAUAUGUAUCUACAUAACAUGCAAUUGUACUUUUUUGUUAUUACAUGUAUGUGGUUUCUGUAAAAUUUAUUUACUGAAUAGCAUCGUUUGAUAAUGUAAAGACUUCAGUCGUCAGCAUAAGAUUUUAAUGUUUUAUAAUAAACUGUGAAUUCGGAACAUCAUGAAAAUAAGUCAUAAAAGACAAAAUAUUACUUGUCUGUCCACCUUAUAUAUGUUGGAGUAUUUGCCCCUGGAAAAAAUAGGCUUAACACUUUAUCAAGAAACAUAUAGCACCUAAAUUGAAAGUAUUACAUCAAGUCAAAUAUAUUCCGGUUUUAUCAGAUAUUAAAACUGAUCUAUUACACUCUGAACAGCCUUAUGGUAGUAAAUGUUAAGUCAUGAUGGGGAGAAGGAUCUUUAUGAUCCUAUUAAUUGUCAAAAGUCAAUACCUUCUAACACGAAGUGACAUUCAAAUUAAAACAUUAAUAACCUGUAAUAAUUGUCAUUGUAUUCUAAACGAAUAUUAAAAUGUGAUAUUUAUUGUUAUUAAAAUAACCUUUGUAACUGUUGAAGAACAUGAUAUAUUGCAGCAGAGUUAAAGUUCAAAUAGGUUUAUGCUGAGUUGAAGUACGACGUCAAUUUCUCGUCUUUGCAGGUACUCUCAAAAAAUAAAUAAAUAGAUACAUGUCAUUGAAAUUAGAUUCUUCCAUAAUAUGUUGCGUCUUGUCAGCAAAGGAGAAAAGAACGUUAUUGAGAAAGCUAACAAUAACACGUGCAAGACAGCCAAACUUGUUCUCAAAAGAUCAUGGUAUAGUGAAAACAUCUGACCACCAUGUUUAAACAGACGUGCCAAUUGUGCCUGGUGUUUCUGUUGUUCGUAUGUGUCUAUCAGAGUGUGAACGGCGAUAGCUAUGAUAAACAAUCGAAAAAUCAUAAACGCAAAGGAUCAAAUCCAAACUAUAGCAAUCGAUAUCGUCUUGAUAGGAGACAAAAUAUUCGUCCCUUUAAGCGGGAUUCCUCGACAUUUCAGAAAAUUGUCCAAACUAUUAAUGGAGGACCCGGAUCACAAAUAGACGGAAGAGAUGAACAAUCAGGCACUUUCAAAAUACUGCAUAGUCUAUUGUCACAACGUGGUGGUGCAGAUAAUGACCGUACCCGAAAGAGCAAAAAAGCAUUAAAUAUUCUUCAGGGUCUUCUUGAAAAUGUUGGAAAAUUUAAACGAAAUAUUGACAAAUUGUAUAGGUCUAACAUUAUUCCAAGAAGAACGGCAGGAUCAAAUGAUGGCUCAAAUGAUGGAGCAAAUGAUACAUCAAAUAAUCGAUCAAAUAAUCAAUCAAAUAAUCGAUCGAAUAAUCGAUCGAACAAUCGAUCGAAUAAUCGAUCAAACAAUCGAUCGAAUAAUCGAUCAAAUAAUGGACCCACUGAUCGAGCAACGACAAGACUAAACAGUCAGGCAACUGUAACAGUAAAUAAUCGAGCAAGAGCAAAUAGUCGGGCAAGAGCAAACAGUCGGGCAACAGCAAGAGCAAAUGUUCAGGCUACAGCAGGAUCAAAUGAUGGAUCAAACGAUGGUUCAAAUGAUGGGUCAAAUGAUGGACCUACUGAUCGAGCAGUGACAAGACUAAAUAAUCUGGCAACUAUAAGAGUAAAUAGUCGGGCAAGAGCAAUUAGUCGGGCAUCGGCAAGAGUAAAUGCUCAGGCUGCGGCAGCAGCAAAUGCUCGGGCUGUGGCAGUAACAAAUGCUCGGGCUGCAGCAGCAGCAAAUGCUCGGGCUAUGGCAGCAGCAAAUGCUCAGGCAACGGCAGCAGCAAAUAGACUAGCAAGAAUUGCCAGUGUUAAUCGUGGUAACGCAGUUAAUUUCGCAAAUACAAAUAGUCAAAGCAGAACAUUCAACACACUGAGGGAAACGGGUUGGUUUCAGCAAGUUUCCGAAAAUCCAUUGAUCAUGCAACAAAUACUAAGAGCAAGUUUAAAUGACAGAAUUGCUCGAUGGAUUGAAAGAUUAGCCAGAUUGAAUCUGAUGGAAGAAUUUAUAGACUAUCCAGUACCCUUUAGAAUUAUUACAAAUAACGUUUUAUCUUCAGCUCAAGAGGAACUCAUUCUUGCUUUAGGAGGAAACGAUCAAAUCCAAGAACUUUUGGAAAAUACUCGAGCAUUUACUCUGAUAUUAAACUAUUGUCAAACUCGGGACCGAGUACAAAUGAUCGUUACUAUAAGUGAAACUGGAAACAUGGAAAACUUAAUUUCUGAUAUAGGUGUGUUAAACAGGUUUCUGUUUAAUGCUAGUACUCCCGGCCAAACUGCUGCCAUACGGAAUCUAGCAGAGAAUGGAAAUCUGCAACAAUUCAUUGACAACCAACGAGGGUGAACACAUGUACGUGUUUAUCAUAUCAAGUAUAAUAAAACGUAUAUAA